AUGGAUCUGAGCGAAGACGAAGAGUCUCGCAGGCUGAGAAGGCGCGAUGCGAAACGCGCGAACAUCGAACAUCUGCUACAAGCACCGAACAACCGCUCAGAGCUGAAGUCGCUGUUGCCUAUUUUCACAGCACAAAGGGUUGAGGGGAUUGUGCGUGACUUUGCCUCUCAUGCGGCCGAAAAUCAGCAACUACUGAAUCGUGUCGACGCACAUGAUGCCUAUCACCAAGAAAUCUCCAAGGAUUUGGAAGGGAUCCACGCCGAUUGCCAGAGUUUGGCUCCGCUGGUCUCGCAAUGCCAGGUGUCGAUUCAAACCCUGGACGCUAGCCUGGAGACCCUCGACAACCGUAUGAGCGAAAAGAGUGCAAACGAUGCCAAGCACGCGGCAGACUUGAAGAGCACCGACAAGGUGGUUCGCACACUCCAUGAACAGGCCGACCAUAUGCAGAAGCAGCUCGACAAAGCCCACCAUGAUCAGGCCAAACUUUUAGAUGCGGCAAAGAUUGCCGACGCAUCUUUAACUCGCUUGGAUGCUAAGUUAGAAGACGCAUCCAGAGAAUUCAACAAGGUCUCCUCAGAGCUGAAGGCUGGAAUGGCACAGACGGCGCGCGAUUACGAGGGGGUGCACAAGUUUUUGCAACGCCUGCUCCCCAUGGAGGAGCAGCUCUUCCAACUCCUGGAUAAGCACGUUAUGUCUGAUGUCUCCACCGUUCCUGAGCCUCCCACUCAGACCACGCCAGACAUGGGUGAUGAGCACGACGCCCCGACCAAUAUGGUUGUUGAUCGCGACGCCCCGUCCAACGAUGGUGAUGAGAACGACGUCCCCGACAUUCAUGCCUUUAACGAGAUAUACGAUGUCUAUCGCAAGUCGUACAAAGAAAGGAAACCCAAAAGCGAUGCCAAGUUCAUCAAGUCGCUCCUACGAAACUGUGACCCCAUCAUCGCUCAUUUGUGGCAAGAAGUGCUUCUACAAUCCUUCCCCCAUCGCGUGACGCUCGUCGAGCACGACUCGUUAUAUGCCCGCCGCCACGACGUUAUCUUCACCAAGUUCGAAACUUUCAGCUGGAAACAAUUUCAGGCGGCUCUGUACAAAAUGGAAUUGGUUGAAAUGCAACGAGCAAUAGAUGAGGUGAAGGGUACUGUUCGCACACGCAAGAGACCAGCGCCACCCACACACUUGGAAGUUCCAACGAAAAAGUUCCGAUCGGGAAGAGACACAGUCACGCAAACCUAA